CCUCACCCUGUCAAAACUGUAAAGUGAAGCCUGAGUUGUGCCUGAUAAUGUGAUUCUGUCUACUACCAUCUACACCCCUGAUCUACACUGACCAGUCGCUGUGAAUGUGGAGUGCAGUUUUGUGGUUAAUGGGAAGCCAGUGUGAAUCAUGAUGCAUGCAGGAAAAUGAACUCAGGUUCCUGUUGUAAAGAUGUACUGGAAUGAAAAUGAGGAACGAUGGUGAAUGGCACUGAGAGAGCAUUCAGAAGGGAUCUAAGUCUUGAGCCAUGUCCAUGUGCUCAGUGCUCCUCAACCGCCGCGUCACUGGAGGCUGCUACAGGUUGUUAUGUGGGGUGCCUGGGCCGCUCCGACACAGCAGAGCAGCCAGUGCAGUCGAGCAAGGCACAACAAGACCUGAUGAAGUCCAACUCUGGGAGACUGAGGGCCAUCCGGUGUUUUCCAGAGCCAGGAUAGGGCCAUUCUUCCAGGACAGGCCAGUGCUCAAGAACCCCUUUCUAGAGGAUGCCUUGCUGAGAGGAUACCUGAGGAGACACUUGCCUGAGCAGGCAGCAUUCUCAGACUUGUGUGAAUUUGGAGAGCGGGUGGCGAGCGAGGUGGACGGGUGGGGUCGUGAGUGUGAGGCGACUCCUCCGCGGUUGGUGCACUUUGACCCCUGGGGUCGCAGAGUGGACCACAUCGUGACCUCACCCGCCUGGAGACGCAUGAAAGACCUGUCAGCACAAGAAGGCCUGGUUGCCCUUGGAUACGAACGGCCAUUUGGUGAAUGGAGCCGUGUGUACCAGAUGAGUAAACUGUACCUCUACUCUCCCUCCUCUGGUCUGUACACCUGUCCUCUGGCCAUGACUGAUGGAGCUGCUAAAGUCAUCCAGUCCCUAGGUGUGUCAUGGCCAGUAGAUGAAGCCUUCAAUCGUCUGACCACUCGUCAUCCAGGGCAUUUCUGGACGUCUGGACAGUGGAUGACUGAAAGAAGGGGAGGAUCUGAUGUGGCCAGUGGCACAGAGACAGUGGCCAUUCCCCAGCAAGACGGUUCAUACAAAUUACAUGGCUUCAAGUGGUUCACUUCUGCUACAGACGCAGACAUGACUCUGACACUGGCCAGAGUGCAGGACAGACAUGGAGCGACUACACCCGGUAGCAGGGGUUUGUCUCUGUUCUAUGCGGAGGUGAGCCGAGACCAGGACGGCAGGCUGAAGGGUAUUGAAGUUCAAAGGCUGAAGGACAAGCUGGGCACCAGGCAGAUGCCCACCGCUGAGCUGCUGCUAGAUGGUCUGCAAGCCUACAGGCUCUCAGAUGAGGGAAGAGGUGUGGCCUCCAUAGCGAACAUGCUGACUGUAACCAGGAUCCACAACAGCGUCUCUGCAAUCGCCGCCAUGAGAAGGGUGGUCCAGUUGGCUCGUGACUACGCCACUCACCGCACUGCCUUUGGAAAGCUUCUGAAAGACCACCCACUCCACAUGCAGACCCUUGCUAGGAUGGAGGUGGAGACUCGUGCAGCCUUCCUUCUGGUGAUGGAUGUGUGUCGCCUGUUGGGCCGAGAGGAAACCGGCGUGGCGACCCAGCUCGAUACACUGCUGCUGCGCCUGCUCACACCGGUGGUCAAACUCUACACCGGGAAGCAGGCUGUUGCUGUGGUGUCCGAGGGUUUGGAGAGCUUUGGCGGGCAGGGCUACAUCGAGGACACAGGGCUGCCUGGACUGCUCCGGGACGCACAGGUGUUGAGUAUUUGGGAAGGUACGACAAAUAUUUUGUCUCUGGACGUGCUGCGCUGUGUGGCUCGAAGCUCGGGAAUGGUUCUCGAGGCUUACUUCACCCACACCAAGUCGCUGCUGACAGGAGCCUCCAGUGUUUCCUCAUUGGCUCCAGCUGUCAAAGCAGUAGGCAGCGCCCUCUCUAGGCUGGGGGAGUUGGUACAAGCAGCGGGAGCCAGGCCACCCAGCUACCUGGAGCUGGCAGCUAGAGACCUGUCAUAUAGCCUGGCUCGUACAUACAUGGGUGCCUUGCUCAUUGAUCAUGCUUCUUGGAAAGGAGCCUCUCCAGCUGAUACUUAUGCUGCCCUCAGGUGGUGUGAACAGGACUUGUGCCCAUUGGUGACCAACGAGGCCAGAGGCUGGUACAACCCCAGCACCCCCCCUCUGGACGCUGCGUUGGUGUACGACCGGCCGACCCAAGACUGAACGUCCAGCGAAAACCUGUUGCUAGAUCUGCUGAUGCUGAGCCUUGCUAUAACACAGCUUGUUGUUCUAUUGUGCACUGUAAAUUUUGUAGAUUAUCAAGCCCUUUGUGAAUGAUAGUAAUUUACUUUGGAAUGAGCUGUUUGAAAGCUGGACCUGUAACUUGUGCAAAAACUGUAAUCCAACGUGUCUCAUUCUUGCUUUGGGAAUCAUUUAUGUAAUUUGUUAAAUAUGUUUGAUAUUUACUUCUCUGUCUAAAAUCUGUAUUUUUGCUAACAAUAAAAAUGGAAUUGAAUAUA